AGGAUUCUACAAUUCUAUGAUUAUCUUUUAAUAAACAAAGCAUUAUAUGGUGAAACACGAGGACAGAAAUAAUGGGCACACAAGCAGCAAGAGCAGCCACCUGAGAAGAUGAUCAAGAUAAUUGCUAGAUUCCUAUCUAGCAAACAUGAAGACUGCCUCUUUUUUUAAAGUACCAAAGGCAAUGAGAUAUACCAGUCUUUGAAAUCAGAAUGCCAACCAUUUAUUUUCUACGGACUUUUUUUGUAGUUAUGGUUUUUGCUUCGAUUUUGUGGUUAGUAUCAUUCUAUUGUUUAAAGCUCAUGGAAAAUGAACCCAGAAGAAGAAAGGUGUCCUUGGCUCUGUGCAGAGGACAGAUUGCCAGAGGUUCGAUUACCCCAUUAGAAAAUACCAGAACUUUUAUCAUUGCACCUUAUUUUGAUAGAAGGUUUAGAAAUCUAACCCGAGUGAUCAGCAUCAUUCACCACAAAGACGUAAAAGAGCUUUACUGCUGGUUCUGCUGCCAAUCUUCUGGCAACAUUUCUAUUAUCAGAGCAGGGAUAGAUGUUCUUGGUGAUAGGUUUGGGUUUCCUUACAGUGCUGCUAAUCUGCUCUGUGAAAUUCCUCAAAACUGUAAUGCCCAGUAUAUGUCAAUUCACUGGGCCAAGCAAGGAAACUUCAACCAAAUGCCAUGGUUUGAAAUAAGAAACCAAGAAACCUGGAACCCGUCUUCUGAAUUCACUGUGUGUAUCUCCCCCCUGUUUGGAAAUUAUAAUAAUGUUUUGCAAUUUAUACAAAGCAUUGAAAUGUAUAAAAUUCUUGGGGUUCAGGAAAUCAUGAUCUACAAAACCAACUGUAGCCAACUGUUGGAAAAAGUCCUGGCAUAUUACAUCGACGAAGGGACAGUACAAACAAUUUCGUGGCCUAUAACAUCCUACCUCAAUGUCUCACCUGCCUCACAUUUUUCUAAAAUGAAGGGAGACAUUGGUUACUAUGGACAGCUGACAGCCCUCAAUGACUGCCUCUACCGAAAUAUGCUAAAGAGUAAAUUCGUGUUACUGAAUGACAUUGAUGAAAUCUUACUGCCCAAAGACUUUCUCAACUGGACCACCAUGUUGAGAAAAAUAAAAGCAAGUAGCCCACAUGCUGGUAUUUUCCUGUUUGAGAAUUUUGUCUUUCCAACUUCCAUUUUUACUUCUAAUUCCAAAUACAACAUUUCAUCAUGGAGGGUCUACCCUGGAGUGAACAUCUUGCAACAUGUGUAUAGAGAAGUCUACCAACCUUGGAAGCAUAAGCCAAAGAAAAUGAUGGUUUCUCCCUUCAAUAUUAUUCAAAUUUCUGUCCAUAGGGUAUUGAGAGGCUUUGGUCCUCAAUUUCAUGUUUCCCCAGACUUAGCUUUCUUUUACCAUUGUAGAUAUGUUCAUCCUAGGGAUAUUUCUCAAAAACUUCUGGUUAGGGAUCACACAAUCGGGCAGUUUGGUCCAUCCUUAGUAAAAAAGGUUAACCAAGUUGUACAAAAGUUAUUCCCACAAAAUGGGAUAUGAGUGUUAAUCUUAUCAUUCCAAGUUAAAUGAAAUCCAAGUCUUGGAACAGGUCUCAGCAAAGCCAAAGGAAAUCCUAGCUGCUUAAACUAUCCAUUGGAUCAAUAACAAACCACCCAUUGGAUCGAUAAUAACCAGACAAAGGAAAUGGUGAAAGCUAUCCAGACUAGACAGUCAAGUCUGAGAAACUUCAGAAAAGAGAUGUCCUAAGAAACUCAGGAAGGUCCUAAGAGCAAGAGAAUGGUCUUAGAAUGGCAAUUCUGAAGAAUAAA